AGUUGCGUGUUUUGUUAGUGAGCUGUAGUUGUAGCAACUGCACUGACUGGACUUGCUUGUCUCUGUCCUGGGGAUGAGGGCUGGAGGAGCUCUGUGAUGGGACUACACCUCCGUUAGCACCAGCACCCUCCUCUUCUUCCAUCAUGGCUCCCUCCGUAGACAGGCAGGGAUACUGGGGGCGGCCGACCUCAACGCUGGACUGGUGUGAAGAAAACUAUGUCGUCUCUUUUUACAUAGCGGAAUUUUGGAAUACUGUCAGCAACCUGAUUAUGAUUCUUCCACCUAUUUGUGGGGCCAUCCAGACAUUUCGUGACGGCCUUGAAUUUCGCUACAUCUGCUCCUUCCUCGGACUAGCAGCUGUCGGUGUUGGCUCCUGGUGCUUCCACAUGACACUGCUAUAUGAGAUGCAGCUUCUGGAUGAGUUGCCAAUGAUUUACAGUACAUGCGUCUUUGUCUACUGCCUAUACGAGUGCUUCAAACAAGAGAACAACAUCAGUUUAUUUCCUAUUGCAUUAUUAUUAGUUUUCAGCAUCUCGGUCACUUUGGUAUAUUUACAGUGGAAGGAGCCAGUGUUUCACCAGGUGAUGUAUGCUGCUGUAGUAGGUUGCCUAGUGAUCCGAUCUCUCUUCAUUGUUACAUGGGUUUACCCAUGGCUUAGACCGUUGUGUUAUACCUCCUUAGGUAUCUUUAUGUUAGGGUUCCUGCUGUGGAACAUUGACAAUAUCUUCUGUGACUCAUUAAGAGCCAGUAGACGAUCACUGCCCCCUGGUGUUGGAGUAGUAACGCAGUUCCAUGCCUGGUGGCACAUCUUCACAGGCCUAGGGUCCUACUUACACAUUCUUUUCAGCCUGCAGAUCAGGUCAACCUACCUCAAGUACAGACCAAAAGUGAAAUUUCUGUGUGGAGUCUGGCCCACAUUCCACAUUGAACCACAGAAAAUGGGCUGAAGUGAAAGGAUCAGGACCAACUGAAGGAUGGUGACUGCCAUGGGCACAGAGACCUGCUGGUAACUCAGCCCACAGCCAGGGGCAGGCAGACUCCAAGGCACCACCUCAGGGACCCUUCAGUUCUGCAUGGGGGGGGUUACUAAGUACAGUAUAGUACUGGGUACAGUUAUAACAACUGAAAUACUUCUCUCAUCAGUCUUAAUUUAUUAUACUAGUUUUUCUGCAGUUUUAUUGAAAUGUAAUAAUUUUACUUGCGCCUUCAUUUUCAAUGCACAAAUGAUGUUUAUUGGCUGUUGAAGGCAUUAUGGGUGUUCUCUUGAUUGGGGCUUUGGGAACAGAUAUAACAGUGUCUUUAAUUCAGAAUUUACAUCUGCACAUGCAUCAAUCUACAGUACUCUAUAUUCAAUUCAGUGGAUAAUGUGAACCUCUAGAGUUUAGAGAUGUAUAAAUAGAUUCCUAAACUGAACUAACGUGUACUUCUACAAGUAUCUGAGGGAGCUCUGCUUAUAACACAAUGUUUUCAUAUCCCUUUUCAAGUUUUGAUGUGCUCAUUACAUAUGGGAUAGUAACUACCAACUAGAAAGUGAAAGUGAUGCUGUUAUUAUAGCUCAGCUGUCAGCCUUUUGAUUUGCUUGGACACAGGCUACUUCCUUUCAUAACAUGCCAAGACUUGGGUUAUUCAUUUAUUUUGUGUGAUUGUUGCCAAAUUUGCUUUGGGAUUUAAAACGGUCUUGUAAUGUGGAGACAUGUUCAUGUUUCAUCUCAAGAAGAAAUGCAGUGCUUACAUAUGGUUUUGUUGCAAUACAUCAUUGCAGUGACUUUUAAUUUUGUUUAGGACAGAGCUAAACUUUUCCAGCUACAUGGAACAAUCUGAACCACUUUUUACACCUGGAGUUUCCGUGGAAGCUUUAACAGUCAUUACAGUAAUACUCCUUGCAGAUUUGUGGUCUCUGAAGGACUACAAUGCCCACAGGCAGUGAAUCACAGUGAGCUUCCUUCAGGGUGGGUUAUGUUUAGAAGUCGCUUUGCUGGAAUUUGACCUUCAUGUCUGAUCAGAUAGAAAUAAUGCAAACAUUCAGAAACAUCAUGAGGAAUGCAUCAACUCAACUUGUUCAGUUUAGUCUAUCAUAAGCUAUUACACUAUCAGUGACCAGAUUAUUGCAAUUUAUGUGUUCUGCUUACCAUGGGAGACACAAAGGGACAGACAUAACGUAUUAAGGAACAUUACCCCUUAAUAUUUGUCAUGGUAGUAAACAUUGUUGUGGCCCUUUAUUACCACAAAAAUGCUUGAUUUAUGUCAGUGUUUUGAGAUCUCUUUAUUUACAGGUGCUUAAGGGUUAAACAUCUCUCCUAAUUACUACAACAUUCAUUUAUUACUCUAUUAUUUAUUAAUCUUUUUCUGUGCAUUUAUUUACACCAUGGCAUCAAAUGACAUGCAACCAUCUUGUAAAAUGUGAAAUGUUUAUGAUAAAACCACUAGGUGGCAGAACUUUCCAGCUGAUUUUAGACAUUGCCGAUCAUGCAGUAGUGCACUGAAGAAUUAUCUAACUAUGUUAAAAUGCUUUGGAUCUUUAACUCAGUUUUUAUGUACUGGGUCAAAUGAAGGGCUUUGUAUGUGUUUGAUUUGCUAUUGUGGAAUCAUGGAUAUGUAAUGGUAACAAUAGAACCUGGAGCUUGAUGUAACUGUGCUGAACUGGAAAAUGCACUACAUUAUUAUUAUUGUAUGGCCAUAUAUGUAUUUGUGCAGCCUCCUCAACUGCUGUGUGCCAGAUUGUCCUCAGACAACAAAUUCAUUUUCCAUGAUACAAUAACUCUAAUAUGUUUGAGCAUAUCAAACUGCUUUAAAUCCAGUGUUACAAACAUAAAUAGUAAGCACAGUGUAUGAAAGAUAAGUAUUAACACCAUCAAGACGUCUGCUUGGAGCCUUCAGUGUAUGUUAUUGUCACUGCUCAUCAGUACAGGUGAACAGUUGUCAAAGAGGGUGCCUUAUUGAUGUACAACCCCAAAUCAGAAAAAUUUGGAACGGCAUCUAAAAUCAAAAUUAAAACUGAAAAUAGUGAUGUGU